AUGGUAGAGGUGCCACAUCCUUUCGAGGCAAAGACAACAACUACUACUGAGGUUACUCCAAGGAUAGUUGUUGAGGUGCCUACUCUGUAUAUGGCUACUAAGGCGCCAACUACUGAUGAUAUGGAGGUUACUACUCGUGUUGAGACAAAUGCAUUCCUCCUCCUGAGACAUAUGUCACUACUCCUCGUGAGACAUAUGUCACUUCUCCUGCUUCAACAAACUAGAAUUUACACACGAAUGAAGGGUUUCUUGGUGAUCCCAGUGACUGUUUUGUUCUCACAGGAUAUAUGGAUCAUAUGGCAUUCAGAUUAUGGCAGGGAGAUGUACGAAAAUGAUAUUCUGAUGAUGUGA